AUGCACUUGACAAGCAACACAAACGUCGAGUAUGGGCAAGCCACAACAGAUGACCGGAUUAUUAAUGUGGGAAUGCGGCCGGCUCUGGUCAAAGCUAAAAUGAAUGAUCGCGAGUUGACAUGGCAACCGGAAACAGGUGCCACAGAAGACAUCAUGGACAAACGAAACCUACGAGAAAAUGAGAAAGAGGUGGGAAGAAAAGUGAACCUCGCCCCAUCUCCUGUUUAGUUGUUCGCGUAUGGCAGCAAUCGACGCCUUGACUUGGUUGGCCAAUUCCAAGCAGUAUUACGAGCCGGUGAAAAGAGCCUGUAAACUACCAUCAUCGUUACAAAGGAAGCAUCAUCUUACCCACUCUUGUCGGUAAUUUCAUUAUGAAAGCUCGGGCUUGUCCAGUACAACGAGAAAUUUCUUGUCCAACAAAUCGACGAAAAAAGAGACCUUGCAGAAGUAUCGCAGAAAGUACGCCCCAACGUAAGAGAAAUCUUGGAGAAACUCAGCGAAGUAUCCAGUCCAAAUAUUGGGAAAGCUGUAGGCAGACAAAUGACCAUAAUGGCAGAUGAGACGGUGGCACCAGUUGUCCAAAAUCCAAGACGUGUACCAUAUAAUCUUGCAGCCAAAGCAGAAGAAAAGAUCCCAUACUUGUUAAAUCAGGACAUCAUAGAGAAAGUACCAGACGACGAAACACGUACCUGGGUCAGCCCAACGGUUAUCGCGCCGAAACCAAGUUCUGAUCAGAUUCGCCUAUGUGUAGAUAUGAGGAUGGCAAACAAUGUUAUUCUCCGCCCAUACACUCAACUACCAACGAUGGAAGACGUGAUCAACAAGUUUCAGGGUGCGAAGAAGUUCUCUAAAUUAGACUGUUACCACAGAAUCACGCAAAAUCACGACCUUCUACGGACCAGAUGGAUUGUAUCGUUCUAA